GAGCAAUAGGGUAUAAAGGUCAAAUUUAAUUAAUGUUUACAUUAAAUUUAGUGUAGUGUAGUUGAUCUAGCGUAUGAGCUGAGAUAGCUCGCUAUCAAACCAAGCCAUGUCUCAACCUAUUGUCAGUAGAUCAGUGUCCUCGGUACCUGGAGAGAUCAUCUCAUUGAAUGUGGGGGGAAGGAGGUUCUCAACAUCUAGACAGACUCUCACAUGGAUACCCGACUCAUUCUUUUCCAGUUUAAUGAGUGGGCGUGUUCCCUCUGUAAGAGAUGACACAGGAGCAAUAUUCAUCGACAGAGAUCCUGACCUCUUUGUACCCAUCCUCAGCUUCCUCAGAACCAGAAAUGUGGAUAGUCGGAAUGUGGACCUGAAGCAGUUAAAACACGAAGCAGAGUUCUUUGGUGUUCAGCCUCUAGUUAAGAGGCUGUCAGUUUGUGAGGAGCUGGACAAGAGUUGCUGUGGUAACUUGCUGUUCUUCUGUCAGUUAUUCCCUCCCGUCUUUGACCCCUUGACCCUUGGGGACACACCCAUGCAACUCACUACUGGCUCUAAAACAGAUUUCUCACGUCAAGUGCUCCAGAUUGUGGGUCAUGGUAACAGUCUAGCGGUGGCCUACAACCACUGUGUGUGUGUGCUGACAGUCAAGGAAUGUAGAGGCUGGGAGGUGGUCUUUACCACACCCACCCUGGAACGAGUACCCCAGAGGAUUGCGUUGAACACCAGGAUAUCCGGGGGACAGGGUGGACCUAUACUGGCAGCUGUUGUCGGGAAUGAAAUCCGUGUGUGGAGUUGUUCAUCGACAUCGUCACAAGUGCUUGCCACUCUGGACAUGAAGCUCCUGGUGGAUGGCCUGUUCUUUAUAGGCAUGCAGUUGGUUGCCGUUAGCAACACGGGCAAGGUGGCAGUGUGGCAAAGUGUACAGCGUCACUGGCAGCUGCAAGAUGUGGAGCCAAUAUGCAGUUACGAUGCAGCUGGAUCUUUUCUACUCUUGGGUUGUACCAAUGGAUGCAUCUAUUACAUUGAUAUGGAGAAAUUUCCUGUGAGAAUGAAAGACAAUGAUCUCCUGGUUACCGAGCUGUUCGAUGACCCGUGCAAGGAGCCAAUCACAGCUCUCAGUGUGUACGUCACUUCCAAUGCUUUCCCUGGUGACACAGAGAACUGGAUGGAGGUGGCAUACGGGACGAGGGGCGGGGCUGUACGAGUGGUGGUCCGUCACCCAGAGAACAUCGGCCAAGCUCCACAAGUCUUUCAAACCUACAACGUUCACACAUGCCCGAUAAUGAAGGUUGUACUGGGAGAGAAACACCUCAUCUCUGUGUGUGCCGAGAAUCAUGUGCGCUCGUGGACCAUGACCAGGUUCAGAGGUCGAAUCUCCACCCAGCCGGGGUCCAGCCCGAUAGCCUCCUUCAAGAUCCUCUCUUUGGAGGGACCUCACUCUCUCUACUACCCUGUCAUCUCCAUAGGGCCAUUUGGAGAGAGAGAUGAGGAGAUGGUGUUUGUACAGCGAGUGAUUCCGGAGAUUGAUCGUGUCUUUGUGCGCUCAAGCUCCACAGGACAAAGGGUUUGUCAUAUCGACUCUGUUGACGGGAGCAACAUCAGUGCGUACACAGUACAUGAGUGUGAGGCUAUCAACCGAGUGGGCAUGCGAUCAAAGAGAUUCAUCUUCACUGGUCACCUUAACGGCAGCAUUCAGGUGUGGGAUUUAACCACUGCCCUUGACCGCGUGCACAAGCAACCCGAUUCCUGCACAGAGGAAGGUGGACCCACUAAAGCUGAGCUACUCGAUCUCCUCCAGCACUGUGAAGUGGGCGGAGCCUCUCGUAUGUCCAGUGCCGUCUCGUCUCGUGCGCCCUCUCCCUCUCCAUCGCUCAUGAGCAUCAUCUACCCCGGCUUCAAACCACCCACCGGGCGGGACUCACUGCCAUGCACACCUCAGCUAGGACAACGGACUUUACACACUAGCCAUUCGUCUAACUUGUUCCAACCCAUCCACACCUCGAAUUCUAGUAACUCGAUUGGUGCCACUGAAGCAAGCACACCACAAUCGACUCUAGUGACAGUAACGGCAAAGAAAUCGCCAACACCUACGCCAGAUGUCAUUGAACAACCAGAUCUCAACGAAACAGAAGAGCAAAUCGAAGGAGAGGCGACUGAUGUAGUUUCCCCGCCGAGUAACCACUCUUCUCCCGUGCACACCACACCCCCACCACAAGAAAGCUCCUCCCACCAACGGAGCCGCUCGAAUGAGAUAGACUAUGGCCUCUCUUCACGGUCUAGAGGCAUCUCUGCGUUUCGGAGCCCGUCAGACUCGACCACGUUUAGACCACUGAGUGUUGACUCAGUGGCCUUACCCCCGACUGGGUCCAUACCUCCUACUGCUGCUGGUGAACAGAGAGUGAGGCUAGGAUCUGCUGGAAGCACAUGGCUAAAAGAUGAGUCAAUUUCAACUUUUUUUGGACCAUCAGGAACAAUUGAACAAUUUCUUCACUCUGAUGAACCAUUAUUGAAUGUACUCAAUGUAACUGAUUGUUAAUAGAGAUACAGUGCAUUUAUUUUGUAUGUCAUUUUCACCAAUUAUAGCUGUGUUUCAGUGUGGUGUGUUGGUGCCACUUUUAUAUAAUUAGAACAUUAUUUACUUGUUUUUCCUGGCCAUGACUUUGUUUGUUUAAUGUAAUAAUUAAUAUUGUUUCUCAAUUUCCAA